GGCCCUUCUCCCCGCCCACCCGCCGGCGGACGAGCGGCGGACGAGCGGCGGACGAGCGGCGGACGAGCGGCGGACGAGCCCGCUCUGCACAUGCUCCGCGCCGCGGGAGCUCCGCCAGCUGCCGCGCACGGGGUUGUCGUCCCGACGGGGCAGGGCACCGAGCGGCCUUCGCCGCGCGUGGGGUCGGGCCGGGGCGCUCCGUCCCCGCGGCUCUCCCCUCACGAGGGGACAGGGGCAGGCAGCGCGGGCUCCAGCGGGAACGGGCAGCGAGCCGCGCCUGACGCGCCGCAACAGACAUGAAUUAUUCUCGGUUUAUCACAAAUGUGAGCGCAGCAAGAAAAGCAUCUCCAAUAAGAGUUCUGACUGAAUUGAUGCAGAAGUCUCCUCCGUCUCUCAUCUCUCUGGCUGGAGGGGCACCAAAUCCUGCUGUUUUUCCAUUUAAGAAGGCUACUAUUGCCACUGGACAUGGAAAUGCUGUUGAGAUUGGGGAAGACCUGAUGAAGAGGGCUCUUCAGUACUCUGCCUCAGCAGGGAUUCCAGAACUGUUGUCGUGGUUAAAGAAUUUUCAGAGGAAUCUGCACAAUCCCCCCACGGCCAACUACAGUCCUGAGCAAGGACAAAUGGAAGUGUGUGUCACAACCGGCAGCCAGGAAGGCUUGUGCAAAGUGUUUGAAAUGCUCAUUAAUCCUGGGGACAGCAUCCUUUUGGACGCCCCUACGUAUUCUGGGACACUAGCAGCUCUGAGACCUUUGGGCUGUAGCAUCAUUAACAUUCCUAGUGACCAACAUGGCAUCAUUCCGGAAGCUCUAAAAGAAAUUCUGUCUGCUUGGAGUCCAGAAGAUGUAAAAAAUCAUAGCCGCCUUCUCCCCAAAUUCCUAUACACAAUUCCAAAUGGCUGCAACCCAACUGGAAACUCUCUGACCGCUGAUCGCAAGAAGGAGAUUUACCAGCUUGCAAGAAAAUAUGAUUUCCUUAUAAUAGAAGAUGAUCCUUAUUACUUUCUUCAGUUUGAAAAGCCAUGGGCUCCAACUUUCCUCUCAAUGGAUGUGGAUGGCAGAGUUAUCAGAACUGACUCAUUCUCUAAAAUUCUCUCAUCUGGGUUGAGAGUAGGUUUUCUGACAGGUCCCAAGCCUCUUAUCGACAGAGUUAUUCUACACAUUCAGGUUUCUACAAUGCACACCAGCACUUUCACACAGAUGAUAAUAUCACAGCUUCUUCAUCAAUGGGGAGAAGAGGGUUUCUUGGAGCAUACAGACAGAGUUGUGGAGUUCUACAGGACCCAGCGGGAUGCAAUGCUCUUUGCUGCUGAGAAGUGGUUAAAAGGCUUGGCAGAAUGGUAUCCUCCUGCUGCUGGCAUGUUCUUAUGGAUCAAAAUUAAGGGAGUUUCUGAUACACAUCAGCUGAUCAUGGAAAAAGCUUUGCAAAAAGAAGUGUUACUAGUUCCUGGAGGGAUGUUCAACAUCGAUAGUUCGGAGCCCAGUCCUUAUGUCAGAGCUUCUUUCUCUCUGCCUUCUCCAGCCCAGAUGGAUCUGGCUUUCGAGAGACUGGCUGACCUUAUAAAAGAAGCUGUAUGGAAAAGAUGAGUAGAGCUCAUACCGCUGUCAAAAUCAUCUCAAGAAAAUAUUAAACACUGGGAUUUCGUAAGAACACUUUGAAAACAAGUGCAGGACCGUGGAUGUUUCUAUUGUUUCAGCUAAAAAAAAUCAAAAAAUGAGUGAAAAGCAA